AUGUCCGAGGCUACGAUCAUUGUAUCCAAGGAGGCCCCUUUGCCCAUGGCCCCCUAUUCCCAAGCUGUCAAGACCCCGACUGCUAUAUACUUGUGCGGCCAGAUCCCCGUGACCGCAGACGGCAACUUCGUUCAAGGCUCCAUCGCCGAGAAGACUAAGCAGUGCUUGGCCAACUUGCAGGCUGUUCUCAUCGAGGCCGGCUCUUCUAUACAGAAAGUCGUCAAGGUCACCGUUUUCCUCACUGACAUGGCCUACUUUGACGAGAUGAAUGGGGAAUACGAAAAGUGGUUCAAGAAUAAGCCUGCCCGAAGCUGUGUCGCUGUUAAGGCGCUACCUAUGGGUGCGGACGUGGAGAUCGAGGCAAUCGCAUUGCCUUAA